AUGAAUCAGGCUCUGAAAAUACGCUCUGCCCUCGCCGCAGAGCAGCUGCCGGAACCCUCUCAAGCAUGGCUGCAGUCAAUCAUAACCCAACAACCGGCUCAGCAGCGGUCGCUGUCCACUCUCGUUGCGGCCACCAAAACGCGCCUUCUGGCAACCGACUUGACGGCGUCUGGGCUGUUUGACAAUGAAUCAAGGCCUGCCGUCUUCCCUCGUGACCUCUUGGCGGCAUCGGCGGCAUCGGUGCAAGAGACGCGUCUCGCAAACGACAUUGUCGUGCAGGUAGUCGAUCUCGAGAAUCUCUCACAAAGCCGCUGGCAGCAAGUCCAAGCACUUGAAGCCAUUGAACGCGGCGAGCAGAAACGAGGGCGCGAAAUUAUCCGCCUGCCCACCGACGGUGGGGAUGGCGAGGGCGAUGACGACACGGGGGCCGAGAGCAGUCGAUCAGGUCCAGGACGGCCCGCAACUGCUGCAUCCAGCGGACCUAGUGACGCCUCGUCGACGCAUCGGCUGGUCCUCCAAGACGCCGCCGGCAACACGCUCUAUGCUCUCGAGCUGACACGCAUCUACCGCAUAAGCGUUAGCCGACUACGCAUGGGCGAGAAGCUGCUCAUUAAAGCGGGCACAGCGGUAGCACGCGGCACAUUGCUUCUCGAGCCAACCAGUGUCAAGUUUCUCGGCGGCCAGGUCGAGUCGAUGCACAAGACGUGGUUGGAGGGUCGCCUGGCACGGCUGCGAGAAGCAGCACACGCAGAAUGA